UAGGGAAGGAUCGUAUUGUUUUGAUAGUAGCGACAGAUGAAUAUAGUGACGUAAAUAAGUUUAAGUAUACUAAUCAAUAAUUCGGUGUCACGGAUUAUGUAACGUGAUAAACAUUUGACACAUCCUGCUAAUAGCGAAGUAGUGGCGAAGUACGUCGGCACACGUACAGCAGGAUAUUUUUUUUUAGACUUGUGCUCCAUGUAUCAGUUAAAGGACGCAAGCGUGGCCUAUAUUUGCUGUAACUGAAUUAAGAAAACAUUCGUUAUGCAAGGAGAAACAAGAUUGCUAAAAAUAUUUACUAUGAAUUGCUGGGGAAUACCACUGGUAUCCAAGAAUCGGCAUGAAAGAAUUACUGCCCUGGCAGAUCACUUGGCAACAUGUGACUAUGACUUUGUGUGCCUACAGGAACUAUGGUCAGAAUAUGAUUACCACUUUAUUAAGGGAAAAACUGUUGACUCCUUACCAUAUUCACAUUACUUUCACAGUGGUGUGCUGGGCUCCGGUCUCUGUGUUCUUUCACGAUUUCCAAUAGAAGACGUUUUUUUCCACCAGUGGCCUAUGAAUGGAUAUAUGCACAAAUUGCAGCAUGGAGACUGGUUUGGUGGUAAAGGUAUUGGUGUAUGCCGUAUCCAACUGGAAGAUGUUUAUGUGAAUGUGUAUACUGCUCAUCUGCAUGCGGAGUACAAUCCAUCAAAUGAUGAGUACUUGGCACACCGUGUACUUCAAGCACUGGAUGCAGCACAGUUUGUACGGCUAACAGCAGCAGGCUCCGAUGUGGCUAUCUUGGGUGGUGACCUUAAUGCACUGCCUGGUGACCUUGCCCAAAGAAUUAUUUGCUUAUAUGCAGAAUUAGAAGACAGUUGCUGUGUGGCUCAUCCAAUGGAGACCCACAAAAAUUUUGGUACAAAUGAAACAGCAGCCAACAGCUAUACUGGUAAAAAAGUAGCAAGGGAGCAACCUGAGGGUAAAAGAAUAGAUUACAUAAUGUUUCGGACGUCAUCAAGAGUGAAGGUUGAGCGUGUUCAGUACAAGCAUCCACUACCGAAUCGUGUUCCACAACACAGUUUCAGUUACUCUGAUCAUGAUGCAGUCCUAGCGACACUGGAGCUAUCUGUCAUGUCUCCUGAAGCUCAACCACAAAUCGGCAAGUGCAUUAGAUUAGAGUACUGUAUUUACCCGAGUAUAAGACGAUGCCCUCUCCCUGUUUUUGAGCCAAACUGUUUUUGGUUACUUAGCUUCAAUUUCCUGAUGAAUGAAAAUCCCGAGGUCAUCAAUUGUUCACGUACGUUCUUGAUUUCAAGUAGCUUCACAAAAAGACGUCACAGAUCAAUAGAUCUGGUACCAAAUAAGAUACGAAAUGAAAUACUGAGUGUAAAUUUACCUGGAGUUCAGCUGGGAAAGAAUUCUGACGUGUCUCGAAGGCUGCUGCUUCUUCUUGUGCAAGCUUGUAAAAAUAGGUUCUGCAUCCCCGACAAUCAAGUGUGUCGUCUGCGUCGAUAUGCCAAAGACCUCGUAAAAUCUUCAAGUUCAGGUUGGAGUUGUUAUUCUGGUUUUUCUAUUUACAAAUUUGAUUAUAAGCCAACAUUGAAGAUAAUUUUUGAUAAAACUGUAAAAUCUGUAUUAUAUUUGUUAUCUAUAGGACUUACAGGAUGUCUACAUAUGUUAUCUAUUGAAAAAUAUUGUGUGAACAAUGAACCAAAGCCAGAUCCAAUACCUGCUCUGACUGAGGGAGUGGCAGUUUGUGGCAGCGCACUUCGCCAGCUUCGAAGAUCCCGCCGCAUUUACUGGGUGUUUUCUGUGCUGUUCUUCGUCAUAAUUGUGUGUGCAACAGUAUUUGAUGCGCCAGAAGCUUAUGACAAGAUACUCGAUGUGGUUAUUGCUGUGGCUUCUAUUUUGUUUUGUUUUACACUUUUUAUGUGUUCUUUGUGGAACCCAAUAGAAGUUAAUGCAAUACGAGCUGGAAAGUUAGCAAUGGAAGUGACAUUAGCUGCUGCAGAACUGCGUCUGGCAGGCUUUGUGGCUCAGAUGGAGGCUGCAGGGGCUGAGCAUAGAGAAAGAAGCCAAAAUAGCAAACAGACUGGACAAUCACUUACAUCUGAAGUUGAUGAGGGUGAGAGUAGCAUGACUAAUCAGUCAGAUGUCCUUAGUAACAGAAUCAGUAGACAAAGCAAAUGUUUAUUGCUGUCAGAAAGCAAAAAGGACACUGAUAUGGGUUCUAGGCAGUUACUGCUCUCAGAAUCAAUGGAUAUAGUAGAAAACCAUACAGGACAGCCACUUUUGCAAGAGACAAGGCAUAAUUCACAAGGGGAACAUAGGCAGUCAGUACUUAUUCCAAAUUUUUCAUUUCUUCAUAAAUGUUGGUUUAGGGCAGAUUCAAAAUCAUAGUAUGUUACCAGUUGCAGAGAAGUUAUAACUGCUCACCCCUGCAGCUCAGAAGAAUGAGUCUUGAGAAGCCAUCCUGAUGAAUAAAGUAAGAAUUCCAGAGUUUAUUCAGAUGUGUGUGCUAAUCCAUACUGCCAUUUGAUUAAAAGUCUGCAACAGCUUGUGUUUGUGGUGUAGUUAAUUUUUAUAGUUUGUGUAUGUGGUUAACUUAGCAUUUAUUAUCUUUUUUAGGAGGACCAAGCUGUGUAAUAUUUCUCUACAGAUUUGUAGUUCUUCCAUUUGUGAACUCUUUUUGUUAAGAAAAUCUUCUGUGUUUAUGCUUUCCAGUCUUGCAUUUGAACCAUUUUGUGCACAUGUGUGUGCAUCAAAUACAAUGUGUAAGGUUGUGAUAUCUGCUGCUCACCUAUAUCUCAGACCAUCCAUCUCUGUUUGUCACUAAUUAUCAAUACUUUUAGAACAAGAAAGAAACCCUCACUUUGGCAAGCAAAGAGAUUAUUCAGAGUGUGUGUGUGUGUGUGUGUGUGUGUGUGUGUGUGUGUG